AUGCAUCGCGCGUUUUCCUCCUCCAAAUGGCUCUCGUCUGCGCUCCGUACCGCGGAGCAGACGCCGAGUCUGGAGCUACCACUUUUCUUAUGUCCUAAUCUGGCUCAUCGGCAGCUGGGCUCGCAACUUAUAAGGAGUCAAGCCGCUCGUGCGCCAUCGACAUGGAGAGCUCAACAUCGCAGCUUGCACGUCGACACUACUGCUCGUCAGGCACAAGCUGCUACAACGACACAACCCACUGGUAUGCCAGACACUACCGAUGUUGCUAAGCCCAUUCGGAAACUCCCAGCCCAGUGUACUGGUUGCGGCGCAUUAUCCCAGACCUCCCACUCAGACCAACCUGGGUAUUAUGACCUGGGCAGGAAAGCGGUGCGCACGUAUGUUGGCCUGGAGCAACCAAAAGUGAGAGACCGCCGUCAGGAGGAACGCGAAGAGGAUGAGGUGUUCCGGAAGUCGAUCCGCUCAGUUGAUCUGGCCGAACUAGAGAAGCUGGGCGUGGACGUGGAUGAUAUCGCGCCAACCUUGGCCCCAGCCUUGGCUGGCGAGCCGGAGACCAAGCAGCAGCCUGCACCCGUCAAGGCGCCUCUGUGCGACAGAUGUCAUAUGCUGGUACACCAUCAGACUGGCGUCUCCAUCUACCAUCCGACCAUUGACUCCAUACGGGAUACACUCUCGGAGUCACCUUACAAGUACAAUCAUGUGUACCACAUCCUUGAUGCUGCUGACUUUCCCAUGUCCAUCCUUCCUCAGAUUCACUCGCUGUUGGAUCUCAUGCCUCUGAGGUCCAAGAACAGGCGAUCACGAGCAGGCAAGUACUUCCACGGCCAGAAGACGGAGAUGAGCUUUAUCAUCACCCGCUCCGACUUGCUCGCCCCAACAAAACCGCAGGUGGAUCGCCUGGUGCCUUACUUGAGAGAAGUCCUGCGCGACGCUCUGGGUCGCUCGGGCUCAGACUUACGCCUGGGCAACAUCAGGUGUGUAAGUGCCAGGCGGAGCUGGUGGACCAAGGAGCUCAAGGAGGACAUCUGGAAACGAGGCGGUGCUGGUUGGAUGGUUGGAAAAGUCAAUGUUGGAAAAAGCCAGCUUUUCGAGGCCGUCUUCCCCAAAGGUCGUAUGGACUGGGACCCGUCUGGCCAUCAAAUCAAAAUCGACAUGCAUUCCAAGGACGAACAGAGUGCAGCACCAGAAAAGGAUUCCGCUCCCCCGACAGAGGAUGUGGAUGACGGUUUGAUUGCCAAGCUUGAGGCGGAUGGCGUGGACGAAUUAUCUCUGCUUCCCCCGGCGCCUGCAGAGACGCAGUACCCGGAGAUGCCUAUCGUCUCCGACCUGCCUGGAACAACGGCAUCUCCAAUCCGCGUUCCAUUCGGUAAUGGCAAAGGAGAACUCAUCGACCUUCCGGGCGUAGAGCGGACAGGCCUCGAGAAGUAUGUGCAGGAGGAACAUCAAAAGUCCCUGGUCAUGCGCUCGCGUAUCGUCCCAGAGCAGAUGGUUUUGAAGCAGGGACAGUCGCUUCUCCUAGGUGGCCUUAUCCGCCUCACGCCGCGUGUCCCGGGCCCGAUCGUCUUGACCUAUGCCUUCACCCCGAUCAAGCCCCACGCUACCAACACGGAAAAGGCUAUCGCAAUCCAGGCUCAGACGAGCGAACUCAAUGUUGAGAGUAUAGCAGCCCCGGGCACCGGGGAGACGAUAAAGCAUGCUGGCUCCUUUGAGCUGAAGUGGGAUGUGACUAGAGAGCGUGCUGGUCCGAUCACUGCCAAGGCCGCCGUUGGUAUCAAGGUUGACCGCCUACCCUACCGCGUGCUCGCUACCGAUAUCCUGAUCGAGGGCGUGGGAUGGGUCGAGGUGGUUGCCCAGGUCCGUACCAGGGAGCUGUACGAGCAGCGGCCGGUCGCCGCCGACCCGGCUCCCGACUCCAAUCCCAAGGAGGAGCUGUCUGCGUUGGAGCAGCUCGAGGCCGUGUCUGACGGCCCCAAGAAGCGGCCCGCACCCAGGCGCGAGCACCAGAACCAGCAGCCGCAGGGAGAGCCCAACUGGCCCGUCAUCGACGUCUUCAGCCCCGAGGGCAAGUUCAUCGCCAGCCGCCGGCCCAUGAACGGGUGGCUGCUGAACAAGCCGAAGGUCACGGCCGCGUCGCAGAAGUCGAGGCCGCGGAAGAGCAUGAAGGGCGCGAAGAAGCUGGAGAAGAAGAGGAAGCGGGAGCAGGCCGCGGCUGGCGCUGCGUGA